AUGAAGGCUUCAAUUAAAUUUAGGGAGGAGCAAAAGCCCCUUUUGAGAGCCAAAAUCCCAAUAAACAUUCUGAGUUGCCCAUUCCAAUCAGGAAUUGUGGCUGGUGAAUCAAAAGAAUUAUCUCUAAAUCUCAGUACUUUCUUUGAAUCUGGGCCUUCAUUCAAAUUUUCCUACCGUCCCAAUGAUUCUCAUAAUCCUUUCAGCUUCAUUUUCAAGACUGGGAUUGGGUACUUUGGGUCACCCAAUAAAAGCCCUUUAACCAUGAGCGCUGAGUUUAAUCUGAUCGGUAAUCAGAACCCCAGUUUUUUCAUUCACUUCAAACCCAAUUUGGGCGAUUUUUCUGUGAAAAAAUCUCAUUCUUCGAGGUUAGUGAAGGGUUUGGGCGACAAAUUCAACGGUGCUACUUUGCCGGGGGAGAAUUUCCUGGACAACGGAUACUUUAAAGGGAAUGCGUUUCUUCCAGGCGCGGCGGAGUCGAAGGUGGCAACAGGGAUGAUCAAGGGAGUGUUGAAGGGCUCCGAGAUUAGCGCUAAAACGGUGUUGCCGGUGCGCGAUUUCGCGGUGGUGAAUUUCCGGUGGGGUCUUAGGGUUCCGUGGGCUGAAGUGGCGGCGGAGGAAAUCGACGGUCUGAUUGUGGGUAAGAAGGAUGAUCGGGCGGCGGACGGGAUUAGGCUGCCGCAGUUGAUGAUGAACAAAAUUGGAAUCGAACAUGUGGUUAAGGAUAAGGCGGCGAAGGUUGAACCCGUGGCAAAGGAUGGUGACUUGGUAGGGGCGUGUUUGGAUGUCAAGAGACAGCUUGAAUUAAUUCAAGGUGAGAAUGGGGUUUUAAGGAAGGCUUUGAAUGAUUUGAGAUCAGAUAUAGCUGCUGGAAAAAUGAAGAUUUUUCCUCCAUUUGAGGGAGAAGAAAAUCCUGAUGCGAGGAGGAGGACCGGGGAGCCAUUGCCAUUGCCAUUGCCAUUGCCAAAGCUUGCCUAA